UGCCUCCUUUAGUGAGUAUUUUGGUGCGAUCUACAGAAGCACUUCUGAGAACAAUGUUUUUCUUGAUCAGAGUCAGGUGAAGGCUGACGGAUUUCAGAAACUGUUGGAGUUUAUAUAUACAGGAACUUUAAAUCUCGACAGGUAAAGUACACGUUUUUGCUCAGUUAUGAAAGCUAGGCAGAUGGCCUUGCGAGCUCCAGUGCUUUCAUAGUUUCCCAUUCACUGCACGCUCAUCCUCAAGUCUUGAUGUGCACCAUAUAUACAUGCACGUACAUAUGUGUUUAUAUGUGUGUAUAUGUAUAUAUGUGUAUGUGUGUAUAUAAGUAUACUUACUAUAUACAAUACUCAUACACACACAUGACUUCAGUAGCUCUGUUUAGGAUGAAAAGAUGUUUGAUAAUCACAAAACACACCUUAACAUCAAGAGUUCUGUCCAACGUACUUAUUUACUCAAAAAAGAAAAGAUCUUUAUUUGAAUUUCGCAAAUGUGAAUUUUAAAUGGUAGAUUCUAAGUGAAUUUCAGUUUCCCAUGGCUUUUGGGCUUCGUGGUCCUCAGGCCUUGUGCUUAUGAGGUGUUUGGAGUCGAGUGUUGAAAGGACCACCUCUGGGCUCACGUCCUGGGCCUUCCAUUGCGGCUCGAAAUAGCCACGCUCAGCGCGUCCUGACUGUGGUUCUAAACCAGCACUUUGUGCGAAGAUGAGGAGCAAGAACUCUGUUGCUGUUGUUAACCAACCCAAAGCUUAAUCAAGCCAGAGGUUUGCUGUGCUUCUCUUAAGACUCUAAGUAUUGGGCUCCAGCGACGCCUCUAGUGCUUGGGUGCCAGCCAUGUCAGAAUGAGUAGCUGAUUUUAAGUGCCCAGCACCAACACGAAAGCAUUUUUGUAAGAACAGUGCGCCAGGGUGGGCACAGGUGGUUCUCUGGAUCCCACUAGCCUGCCUGCCUGCCUGCCUGGCAAGCGGUAUCUGUGAGAGACCCUGUCUCAUCUGAGAAGGUGAGGGGUAGCAGAGGGAGACAGCUAGCGUCAUCUGUGGCCACCGCACACAAACACAUGUGCAUCUGCAUGUAUGUGUGCAGAUGAAUGCACACGUACUGCUAUGUCAGAAGAUGCUGCUGCCCCUUCAAUAGUAGGUUCUUCAGACUCUCAUUGUGCAGAUAUAUUGUGUCCUUCUAUACAAAUUAGACUAAUAGUGAUACAUUCCUACUUGGUAGAGAGGGCAAAAACAAAGAGAAUUUGGUCAAAUUAUGCAUGCUUUCUUUCCUUCGUUUCUUGUACGAAGCAUGAACACGAGUAGAGUAUUGAUUGAUAGAACAGAUUUAUAAGUCAGUCAUGGUGGUACAGGCCUUUAAUUCCAGAGUUUGACGUGCAGAGGCAGGCGAAUCUCUAUGAGUUCCAGGCCAGCCGGAACUACUAAAAGAAAAAAACAUUACAGGCAUUGGAAUUAGAUCUUCCUGGCUGGGUGGUCCGAUCCUAUAUCUCCUUUAAUUAAGCCCUUUCUGGGCAUUAGUCUCCUCGUAGAUGUGAGGUGGUCAUUACUAUUGGUAUUGCUUUAGAGGCGAAGUGAAGACUUAUUUCAAGCCUAUUUUAUAUUCUUUCCUCUUUGCCCUGUUUGCUUCUACAUUCCUCAAAUGAAGAUUAGAAGGAGGAAGAACUGUAAAAUUCUGCCGCCUGCUGGAAAGCACUGUUUUUGUACACAUUCUUUGCCAGGCCACCUCUUCAGAUGUAUGCAUGUACACAGUUGAGAUCCUUUCCUUGUGUCUUGCAGCUUCUUAUGAGAAUGUACUUUUUUGGUUUUUCGAGACAGGGUGUCUCUGUAGCUUUGGAGCCUGUCCUGGAUCUAGCUCCUGUAGACCCUGCUGGCCUUGAACUCACAGAGAUCCGCCUGCCUCUGCCUCCCAAGUUCUGGGAUUAAAGGCGUGUACCACCAGUACCAGUGAAAGAAUGUACUUCUUACUCAUGCUAGAACCAAAAUGCUGUUUAAUUUUUUUUUUCUGAAAAGGAAGUAUUCAUGUUUUAGACUUGUUUUAUGGGAAUAAUCAGCAGUGAUAAAUUAAUCUCCCACAGUUAUUUAAAAGUGGUAAAUAAUUGAUUAAUUGGACGUUUUGAUUGAUUGCUUCUGGUUAAAGAUUGUAGGAGCUCCCCUCCCCCGACUCAGUUCUCGCACUUUCUGAACCAUCUGGCACCUGCCCUCGUCAUCCAACAACAGCUAGUUGUUGGAAUGUUAAAGAAAUUCAUCAGGCUGCUGACUAUCUCAAAGUAGAAGAGGUAGUCACUAAAUGUAAAAUAAAGAUGGAAGACUUUGCUUUUAUUGCUAGUCCCUCUUCUACAGAAGUAUCUAGUAUUACUGCAAACAUUGAAUUGAAUCAACAGACCUGUCUUCUAACUCUUCGAGAUUAUAAUAAUCGGGAGAAGUCAGAAGUAUCUACAGACUUAGUUCAGGCAAAUCCUAAACAAAGGGUAUUGGCAAAGAAAUCGUCUCAAAGUAAAAAGAAGAAAAAGGCUUUCAAUCCACAGAAACCAGGACAGAAUAAAGCAGUGCAAUACCCCAGUGAUGUUUUAGAGAGUGCGCCUGUGGAGCUGUUCCUAGAUACAGGUAAGUUGUCCUCACCUGUAGACGAACAAGUCAUCCAGGGAAAUGAUAAUUCAGAACUUGAGUUGACCUCAGUUGUGGAAAAUACUUUUCCAGCACAAGAUAUUGUGCAAACUGUUACAGUCAAACGGAAACGCGGCAAGUCACAGUCACACUGUGCUCUGAAAGAACACUCCAUGUCUAAUAUAGCCAGUGUAAAGAGUCCCUAUGAACUGGAGAAUACUGGCGAAGAGCUGGAUCAGCGGUAUUCCAAGGCCAAGCCAAUGUGUAACACAUGCGGGAAGGUAUUUUCAGAAGCCAGCAGCUUGAGAAGGCACAUGAGAAUACAUAAAGGAGUCAAACCCUACGUCUGCCACUUGUGUGGAAAGGCUUUUACCCAGUGUAACCAGCUGAAAACACAUGUAAGAACUCAUACAGGGGAAAGGCCAUACAAAUGUGAACUGUGCGAUAAAGGAUUUGCUCAGAAAUGCCAGCUGGUCUUCCACAGUCGCAUGCAUCAUGGUGAGGAAAAACCCUAUAAAUGUGAUGUGUGCAAUUUACAGUUUGCAACUUCUAGCAAUCUCAAGAUUCAUGCAAGGAAGCACAGUGGAGAGAAGCCAUAUGUGUGCGAUAGAUGUGGGCAGAGAUUUGCCCAAGCCAGCACACUGACCUACCAUGUCCGUAGGCACACUGGAGAAAAGCCUUAUGUGUGUGACACCUGUGGAAAGGCAUUUGCGGUCUCUAGUUCUCUUAUUACUCAUUCUCGGAAACAUACAGGUGAAAAACCAUACAUAUGUGGUAUUUGUGGGAAAAGUUUUAUUUCCUCAGGAGAGCUCAACAAACACUUUCGAUCCCAUACAGGAGAACGGCCAUUUAUCUGCGAAUUAUGUGGAAAUUCUUACACAGACAUUAAAAAUUUGAAGAAGCACAAAGCAAAGGUCCAUUCUGGUGCAGAUAAAACUCCAGAUGGCAGUGUAGAGGACCAUGCUUUAAGUGAACAGGAUCCCACACAAAGAAGUCCUUUGUCAGAAACUCUAGACGUGAAGCCUUCAGAGAUGACUCUCCCCUUAGCGCUUCCACUGGGAACUGAAGACCAUAUGCUUCUGCCUGUCACAGACAGUCAGUCUCCAACGUCUGACACACUGUUGAGGGCAACUGGGAAUGGAUACUCAGAGCCACAGUUGAUUUUUUUACAGCAAUUAUAUUGACUUUGAGGGCAUGGAACUGCUCAGACAUCCCUGGUAGUAAACAAACAUCUCUGGUAAUGUGCGUAUUCAUAUUAAUCCCCAUUCAUUUGAGCUGUGUGGCCAUUAGGUUAUGUGUAGAAGUAAAAGCACCUGACUCUGCAUCCAUCGGUGCUCAUGUUGGUUUUGGUUCUCAUUGUAAACAGCCUUUCAGGGAGAGACUUCCACUGUGGCAGCACUAUUUUGGAUGGUAAGUUUUAGACACUGUUAAAGCUGCCUUAAUUCCAUUCUUAUUUUUGACUUCUUUGUUCCUGAGGUAAAAUCUGACCUGUGGAUUUUUUUUAUUGUUCUUUCCUAACUGUUUAAGCAAAUCUACAGUACUAUCAACUUCAAAGUGCUUCUGUUUGUAAAUCCUGUGGACCAGUAUAUAAACUGUUGGGGGGGGGGUUAAAUUUCAUAUUUAUACCUAUGAAAAUUUAGAUACUAAGGAAGAAUUGUGCUAUUUAUUAAUAUAUUCCUUUAGAGGUAACUUUUCUAAUAGAGCCAAAAGAAGUAUUUCUCUUAAAACCCAGAAAAAUGUAUGUACAUUUUUGUUCAUUUAGAAUGAACUUAGUACUCUGGACAAAGCCAAUAGUCAAAUCAGUUUUUGUUUUGAGUUGAGACUAUAUUUUUUUAAAUAGAUAUUUGGUGUUUUUAAGUGGUCAAAAGACGGUUUUGAAAUUUGAUUCAUUUUAUAUUUUAUUAGAUUUUUAGAUUAUUGGAAGUGAAUAUAUAACAAGUUUGAAAAUUUUGAUAAACUUAUCUUUUAUCGGAUAUGCACUUUUUAAAAUAAAUGUUCUAAAAGGAAUUUUCUAGAUAUAAAACACAUACUAGAAAUCACUUGGCUUCUCAAUUUGAUAUUAUUGCAUAGAAAAAUCAAGAAACUUGAGUAGCUUGCCUAAAGCAACACACACACAAAUAGGAUUACUAUCCUAACUUCAAUUAUAAGCUACACUUUUUGAUUAUCAGUUUAUUUACCAUUUUAUAUUUGAGUUUUCUAUAAGUAUGGGCUUUUAAAUUUUAUACAUCAAACUACAACUUUUGGUUGUUGGCUCUAGCUUCGUAGUGGUCCUCUCAUUCCAGGAGGACGUAGAGAAUUCAGUGUCACCCAUCCUAGACGCUUGCUGCCACUUUCCUCCAUGUUAAUUUAUUUCACUGCCUCACCCUUGUAUUUUAAAUUACAGUGUCAGAAGGUUAGUUCCCGUAGGACUGAUAAAAAUCGCGACUAUUUCUCAUUUCUGCCAUAAGUUAGUUAUGCUUACUUGUUUUCAUGAUUUAAACUACACUGAAAUAAAUUCAAUAUGUUUACCAGUAUUGAA